GGCCAUCGUUGUCUUGGUCUUGGUGAUCUCUACCUACAUCAUAAUGGUGUUCUUCGCCACCGUGACUCAAGCAGAUUCCGAUACGUGGGCUGCAGCUGCUCUGGUUGUGAUUCUGGAAGAGUUCUUUUUCGGGCCAUUUUUGGUCUCAGCCGGCUUCGCACUCUUGGCGACCUUCACCAUGGAAGGUGACACAACCAUUGCUCAGAGUCUCAGGACUGCUACUGGCACGGUGCAGAAGAGCCCGUACAACGCUUGGGCGCCUUCUGCUGAAGACUUUCGAGUACCGGUGCCACACGAGGCUCACCACGAGGGCCAACUGCGAAGUUUGGGCUCAGCGCAGCCUGCGCCAGAGGCGCCAGAUGUGGUGCUGUCCCUCGCAGACCGGCAUCAGGAGGAAAUGCCCAACACACAGGCUGCCUUCAAUCGACAAGAGAUAGAGGAGCAGAAGAGGCUACAAGAAGAGUUGCGGGAGCAGCUGGAAUUGCAAAAGAAACAGCUGGAACAGCAACGGAUCAUGCAAGCCGAGCUGCGAGAGCAACUGCAGAGACAGCAGCAGCAGCAGGAGAUGGUGCGAAAUCGUUCACCGCCCCCAGAGCGACCACCAGCCAGGUACGAGCAGCAGCAGUGGCAGCAGGACAAUCAAACCCAAAGAUUGCCUGGUGCCGUCCCCCUGCAAGUACCAAGACCUAUGGUCACGCGGCCACCGCAGCAGGUUACAUCGGUCAACCUGGGGCUGCAGAGAUCUGUCCGUCACGGUGCAGUGGUUCGCAGCGGCCGUCCAGGCCCCCCAUCUUGGCCACCACCUGCACUGCGAGGCUUCGAUGCAGGAGGGCGACCCCUCCAACGUCCGGGCCAGCCUGUGCCCAGUGAAAUGGCGAUGAUGCGGCGCCACUCGCGGGGACGCUGAGGCGCUGAGGCGCUGAGUCUGUCCGAAAACCGGUUCCUGGAGGCUCAAAACUGAAAGAAG